AUGGAUGAAAGCGACCCAUCAAAUCCAGGAAUGGCCGCAGUGGAGCUGGCCGAAGAUGACGACCAGCAUCCUGAAGAGGAAAUAGAAAUAAACGAAGAAGAUAUCGCGGAAUGCAUUGAUUGCCAGGUCGUUGAAGGAGAAGUUCCGAUGGAAGACGAAGACACUGAUGAAGAGAUGGCGGAAGUCAACGAACAAUCCGAGCCACCUUUCGAUAGUUCGAUUACACGCUUUACCAAGCACCAGGAACCGGUCUUCUGUCUGGCCACUCAUCCGCGCAAUCCUCAGAUCUGCGCCAGCGGCGGGGCGGACGAUCUAGGUUACAUUUGGAAUACAUCGACUGGUGAAGAAAUUCUUAAACUCGAAGGUCAUCAAGAUUCCCUCUCGUCCAUCGAAUUCAGUAACGAUGGGGAAUAUCUGGCAACUGGCGGCGUGGACGCCACCAUCAAAAUCUGGAAAAAUCUGGAUGCUCAGGGAUUCUCGAAAUGGGAAUUUCUUCUUGACCUCGAAGCUUCCGAAGAAGUCACAUGGCUUACAUGGCACCCUAAACAGACAGACUUACUGGCUGGAUUUUCCGAUGGAAUGAUCUACAUGUUUUCAGUCCCUUCGGGCUCGAUGCGAGUUUUUGCAGGUCACAAUUCAAUGACUACUUGUGGCAGGUUUACCCCGGAUGGUCAGAAAAUUUUGAGUGCUACCGAUUCAGGGAUGCUUUUCAUUUGGGACCCCAUGACUGGUAAAACGCAGCAUAAGAUCAACCUAAACGAAGGAAAAUUUGCUUUCAGGCCCCAGCCAGAUCAAUCUGGCGUCAAUUCCCUCGUCAUCAACCAAGCCAGCACUAUGUGUGUCCUGGGUGGUAUUGCCAACGGCGGAGUGCGCCUGGUCAACUUGAAGAUGGGAACCACGGUAGCCGCUCUAGAUGAACACGAAAGCCAUGCGACGGUAGAAGUAGAAAUUUUUGAGCCCACAGGUCUAGGUGUACCGUUGCUGAUCAGUGCAGGAACAGAUGGUACAGCUUUCAUCCACGAUGCUGCCUCGUUCAAGUUACGAAAUUCCGUUCGCCACCAGGAUGCCAUUACCACUUUAGUGAUCCAUCGAGCAACUGGCCAAAUGACGACUGGAUCCCUGGAUAAGACACUGUCUACAUGGAACCUAAAAACAGCUGAACAGUUGAAGGUUCACUCGGGACACCAAGACGUCGUUCACAUGGCAAAGUUGACGAGUGAUCAUAAAAAACUGAUCUCUUGUAGUGAUGAUGGAAAUGCAUUAGUCUUCGAAAUUUGA